CCCCGAGGAGCGCGGGCCGCUCGCACGUCCAUCCCGGCUCCGCGCCGCGGGGCGUUUUCGGGGGGAAUGGAGGCGAUCGGCAGUCAGCUGGGAAACGGGAGAGAUGCAAGCUCCUCCCCAAAUUCAAAGCAAGAGCUGCAGCCGUACCAGGGCUCCAAUACCCUGAAGCCCAACCAAGUGGGUGAGACCUCUCUGUACGGAGUGCCCAUCGUGUCCCUGGUCAUCGACGGGCAGGAGCGGCUGUGCCUGGCGCAGAUCUCCAACACUCUGCUCAAGAACUACAGCUACAAUGAGAUCCACAACCGGCGCGUGGCCCUGGGCAUCACCUGCGUGCAGUGCACGCCCGUGCAGCUGGAGAUCCUGCGGCGGGCCGGGGCCAUGCCCAUCUCGUCGCGCCGCUGCGGCAUGAUCACCAAGCGGGAGGCCGAGCGGCUCUGCAAGUCCUUCCUGGGCGAGCACAAGCCGCCCAAGCUGCCCGAGAACUUCGCCUUCGACGUGGUGCACGAGUGCGCCUGGGGCUCGCGGGGCAGCUUCAUCCCCGCCCGCUACAACAGCUCCCGCGCCAAGUGCAUCAAGUGCAGCUACUGCAGCAUGUACUUCUCCCCCAACAAGUUCAUCUUCCACUCGCACCGCACCCCGGACUCCAAAUACACGCAGCCCGACGCCGCCAACUUCAACUCGUGGCGCCGCCACCUCAAGCUCAGCGACAAGACGGCCACCGAGGAGCUGUCGCACGCCUGGGAGGAUGUCAAGGCCAUGUUCAACGGCGGCACCCGCAAGCGGACCUUCUCCCUGCAGGGCGCGGCCGGGGGCGGUCCCGGGGGGGGCUCUCCCGCCGCCAAGGCCCCGCUGCACCCCCCGCCUCCCGCCGGCCCCGAGCUGCCCCCCGCGCACAAGAGCCUCCGCUGCGGCGGGCAGGAGGCGCCGGGGGAGCGCGGAGCGCUGGGGCUGCCGUCGGGGCACGGCGGGGCGGCGGGGGGGCACGGCGGGGCCGGCGCGGUGCGGAGCUACCCGGUGAUCCCGGUGCCCAGCAAAGGCUUCGGCAUGCUGCAGAAGCUGCCGCCUCCGCUCUUCCCGCAUCCUUACGGCUUCCCGGCCGCGGCCUUCGGACUCUGCCCCAAGAAGCAGGAGGACGCGCUGGGCGGGGCGGGGGGCGGCGAGGCGGGGAAAGGCGGCGCGCUGCCGUCGGGGAUGUUCUGGGGGCCCCCGCACCCGCACCCCCCGCAGCCGGCCCAGCCGCCCCACCAGCCCGGCGCCGCCAAGGACGCGGCCGUGUACCCCUCGUUCCCCAUGUUCUGGCCGGCCGCCGGCAGCCUCCCCGUGCCGCCCUACCCGGCGCAGAGCCAGGCCAAAGCGGCGGCCACGGCCGUGGUGGUGGCGGCGGCGGCGGCGGCCGCGGCGGCGGCGGCGGAGCCGUCGGGGCGGCACGGCGAGCUGGAGGGCUCGGAGCCGUCGGGCAGCGGGCGGAGCAGCGCGACGCCCCAAGAAGGCUCCGGGGCGGACGGAGAGCGCUGUCCCAGCGCGCUGUCCAGGGCGGCCGGCGAAGAGGAGCGCUCCGGCGACGAGGCCCUGCUGGGCCCGCUGCCCCUGCCCAGGAAGGGCAGCUACCUGUCCGCCUUCCGCCCGGUGGUGAAGGACACCGAGAGCAUCGCCAAGCUCUACGGCACCCGAGAGGCGUACGGCGGAGCGGCGGCCCGAGCGCCCGGCUACCUCUCGCCGGACUUUCUCAGCGAGGGCAGCUCCAGCUACCGCUCGCUGUCCCCCGGGGGGGACACGGCCGAGGAGCCCGAGGUGGACGUGGAGUCCAACCGCUUCCCCGAGGACGACGAGGAGGAGACCGCCGCCCCCGCCGAGGAGCGGGAGCCGCCGCCGCCCCGACUGCUGCCCGCGCCCGAGGAGCCGCUCCCCGCGGCGGAGGGGCCGGAAGAGAAGGGGGUCGAGGGGGCGGCGGAGGAGGGGCCCCGGGGCCCCGACGGCAGCCCCGAGCGGAGCAGCAGCGGCGGCGCCUACGAGGUGUACGCGCCGGAGCGGGGGGAGCACCUGCAGCCGCUGAAAGCCGCCGCAGCCCUGGGAGCCGCCUUCCUCUGCACCCCUGAAGCGAAGGAGCAAGAUAAAGAAGACAAUCACUCGACAGCAGAGGAUUUAGAGACCAGAAAAUCCUAUCAGGACCAAAGGAGCGUCUCGCAUCCCAGCCCUGUAAAUACUGACAGAGGAGAAGAGCUCGGCAUGGAGGUGGCGGGGACGCAGUUGGUGGAAAAGGACAUCGAGAACCUGGCCCGAGACGAACUGCAAAAACUCGUCCUGGAGCAAAUGGAGCUGAGGAAGAAAUUGGAGAGGGACUUCCAGAGCCUGAAAGAUAACUUCCAGGACCAGAUGAAGAGGGAGUUGGCGUACCGCGAGGAGAUGGUGCAGCAGCUGCAGAUCGUCCGAGACACGCUGUGCAACGAGCUGGACCAGGAGCGGAAAGCGCGCUACGCCAUCCAACAGAAACUGAAAGAGGCCCACGACGCGCUGCACCACUUCUCCUGCAAGAUGCUGACCCCGCGGCACUGCACGGGGAACUGCUCCUUCAAACCGCCGCUGCUGCCCCAGUGACCCCCCCCGAACCCUCCCCAUUCCCCCCCCGAAGCCAUGCGCCCCGCGGCGCGCCGCAGCCCAGGGCAGAGCCCACGCAAAGCCAUUUCCACGAGGAGCCACGUGUACAUAAGGGGACUCGGAGCUCGGCCCUCUCGGACUGGCAAUAGGGCGGGACCCCCCCGGGCCCCCCACCCCGCUCCGCGUCCUCCCUCCCCCCUCCCUGUGUGUCCGCUUCUUCCGCCCUCGUCCAGACUGGAAACAAACGUGGCUAUGUGCAAUGGAUAUAAAUGUACUGUGAUUCUCUUGGUACAGUA